AUGAACGACCUCCUUGAACGAGCUCGAGCGUCGUCGAUCGUUGCUUGUGAUUCGGUAGUGGCGGAAUGUAUAUCUGUCAUCGCCACAAUACAGUGAAUAAGGAGCAACGAUUUGAAAUAUCGAGUUCUUGUUCAGAGGUUUGAUAACCCAAAUCAGUAGGUCAUUUCCGAAUUCUUACGGCUGAGAGAUCCGAUGCUGAAAUGCCAUGACUCUUAAUUUGCACUUUGCCUCGUUCUCGUGUCUCAGUGAGAACUUGAAAAUGACACAAACCGCUGGGAUGUUACAAGAUUUCUGAGAAAAACCGGAAGUGUCAUGUUAUUUAUUUAUUUAUUUAUAUUGACUUUGCAAUUUUGAGAAAUGAGUUUUAAGCAGAGCAUAACAUACAACACGUCGAAAGCUUAAAACAGACGAAAAACUAAUCGAAGAUACGCUAAAGCCAUAAUUCAUAUACUACAGUCCCUCUCACAGUUUUGAUUUCAACGGCGUCUGAUGUCUCUAAUCAAAGAAAUCGACAUCUUUGAGGCCAUUAUAAUUAUGACGUUAUCUUUCCAAGAAAGAGACAAAAUCCCCUGUAAGACAUCAUAAUGACCUAGUUUCCUAGAAGGCGAUUAAUUCACCGCUGAGUGGUUUCGACUACAAAUCUUCAUGUUCGAUGAACAAGAGCUGUCUUCAAGAUGCAGAGAACCUCGGAAGGUGAGUUGGCGAUGACUAACCAAUCUUAUUACGACCGACCACUACAUGAGCUCAUAAAAUCGAAAACAGAAUCGAAAGUCGUUCAAACAAACAUUCCUAGUAUUAAGUGGACCAUAACAUAUUUUUUGAAGGCGAAAAUAAGACCACAGUGAUUCGUCUCGUUUAUGAUUAAACACAACAGUGAACUUUAACUCGUGAUUUUCUUCAAACUUGGCAUCCUCUAAAACUAUGAUAUCAAGAAGUCGACGACUCUUCGGCUUUCUCGGAUUUCUUCUGCAAAUUUCAGCUUGGCGAUGAUGACAUAUUUCAAGCGUUUGAAGCUUUCUACGAUUCGGAUAACUUCAAAUCAACUGCUGAAUAAAACAUUGCUUUUCAACUAACUGCCAAUACAUGUACUGAAACCACGUUUCAUUACUUUGCAUUCCUUUCAGUCAAAGUUUUAUGUCAUCACCUGCCUCUCUCAUCUAUUUGACAUUUCUUUCUGAAGCAUGUGCUUAUUUAAUUAUUUAGUUGUUGACUAUAAUUAUCGUUCAACAGAUGAUCAAGAGGGAGGUGAACUUUUCCUUUCCUCUCCUGUUACAUUCAUCGCUGUGGUAGCAAUUGACUUUGGCACAACGUUUAGUGGGUUUGCAUUUGCGUUCAAUAACAAAGAAGGUGAAAAAAGUAUCCACAUGAAUAAAGAAUGGGGAAGUGACCAAGGCUACUCCACUAUGAAGACACCUACAUGUUUGUUGCUCAAUCCAGAUCAGAGUUUCAAUUCGUUUGGCUAUGAGGCCAAAGAUAAAUUUGCUGAUUUGGAGGAAGAGGAAGCUCGACAAUAUUUUUACUUUGAUUGCUUUAAAAUGAUUCUUCAUAACAAUGAGGUGAGAGAAAAAUUCCCUUUUUUUUUUUUUUCAAACUUCCUUAUUUAGGAGAAAUAUUGGUAAAACUUUGAAGGAUUUUAUGUCAAUAAACAUAAGUCGAUUCUGGUAUGGAAGAAAGAAGCUGUGUUAUUCUGAAAAAUGUUGGCAAUUUGUUUAUUAACUUUGAAGGAGAUCAGGGUAAAGCUAAGCUAUUAUAUCAAAGCUUAGGUCAAUUUAAAGGUUAUUUGGUUUUCCUCAAAAUUUGGAACUUUUCAAGUUUUGUACUUUUUUCAGAAAUGUUAAUAAACAGAUACUUCUAAUAUUGUUUAGGUGAUUAAUUCCGAACUGAAUGAGAGCGCAGAAACUUACUGCAAACAUAAAACUAAUAAACUUUUGAAACAAACGUGGUUUUUGUCCUUACAGAGCUUGAAUAUGAACACCACUGUAGAGGCAGCGAAUGGCAAGCACAUGAGGGCCUUGGAUGUUUUUAAAUAUUCCAUAAAAUAUCUUUACACACGGGCACUAGAGGUGAUUAAGGAGAGAACUGGUGACGAAGACUUCGGAGGAAAUGAUGUGCAAUGGGUCUUGACCGUCCCAGCAAUAUGGAAACCAGCGGCAAAACAAUUCAUGAGAGAGGCUGCUUAUCAAGUGAGCUGUCAUGAUAUACACAUUUCAAACAUCAGCAAAUUCGUGUAAUGAUCAGUAUUAUUGACUAACUUUCAAAUUGCCAACGCAAAGAAGGGUAAAGCUGUUGCUUUGAAGAAUGCAAAUUCUUGCACCAUACGAGAAGAAAAUGGUGAAACAUUACUGAACCAGUAUGCUUGGUUAGGGCUCGCUCUACGAAAUCGCAAAAGUGCAACAAGGAAAAAGUGGGCGAAAAUACUUCUUUCCUACAUCCAUUUUCUGCAAUAAGUCUUUGUAACAUCAUCUUCAUUGACUAUACCGACAUCCAGUGCUUGUACUUUUAUCUUAGGCAGGGCUGGCACAUCCCUCCAACCCAGAGCAGAUACUGAUCGCUUUGGAGCCAGAGGCGGCCUCCGUCUACUGUAGAGAGCAAAAGGUGAGAGAGUUUGUUGCUGAGAGUGGUAGCAACGAUGCCUCAGUUGAGGACACCAUCGCCCGACCAGAAACACAGUACGUGGUAAUUGACAUUGGAGGUAAAUUCAAUUUUUCUAAUAGCAAAUUGUUCCACUGGAAACUCUUGACUUGAACAAAGACAUCUGGACCUUGUGCGGUUAAAUGCUUUAUUUUAUUUAUGUUAGUUUUUUUACUUUUUUCCAUUUACCGUGAUGAUCAGCAGAGUAAACAGAAAGUAUAAAUCUCGAGACAGAAAUAGUCAGCACAUUUAAAGCUAGACACCUCAUUUUUUAAGUAAUUAAUUUUCUAUCAUUUUCAUGAAAUGUUUUCUGUUAUAACAAAUGUGCAGCGCAGUUAUAUAAGGGUCGGAUAAUGCUAUUAAACGGAUAAAUUGCUAUCCAGUGGAUAAGUGAUAGCAAAACGUAUCGCGUUAUCCACUGUAUAGAGUUUUAUCCAGUGGAUGGCGUUAUCCAACUUUCGAACAAACGGGGCCAGAACGUUAUUCUAAAAUAUCUUGACUCUUGUAUUCAUGUAGGCGGAACUCUUGAUGUGACUGUUCAUGAACUUAUGGAAAACGGUGCAAUCCGAGAGCUUUAUAAAGCCACAGGAGGUACGUUUGGAGGACAGAAUGUCAACAGACAGUUCAGGAUCCUUCUUGAACAAAUUUUCACCAAAUCCUUCCUUGAUAAUUAUGCCUGUCACAAUCCGGUGGAUUGGCUCUGUCUCAUGAAUGAUUUCGAAGUAAAGAAACGCGGAAAACGUAUCUAUCUGGGGGGGGACAACACGAAUCCGGUUGCCUGGUAG